GAGGCGCGGCGCCGCGCCAGCGUCCUGUCAGGCGGCCGAGGGCGCCGUGGACUGCGCCGCGAUGAUGCCGAUGAUAUUAACCGUGUUCUUGAGCAAUAAUGAACAGAUUUUAACAGAAGUUCCUAUAACACCAGAAACUACCUGUCGAGAUGUCGUAGAAUUCUGCAAGGAGCCUGGAGAGGGUGGUUGCCACCUAGCUGAAGUGUGGAGGGGAAGUGAGCGCCCCAUCCCCUAUGACCACAUGAUGUAUGAGCACCUUCAGAAGUGGGGGCCCCGCAGGGAAGAAGUGAAAUUUUUCCUUCGACAUGAGGACUCCCCAACUGAGAGCAGUGAACAAGGUGGCCGGCAGAACCAAGAGCAACGAACUCAGAGAAAUAUAAUAAAUGUACCAGGAGAAAAGCGUACUGAAAAUGGGGUUGGGAAUCCACGUGUCGAGCUUACUCUCUCAGAGCUCCAAGAUAUGGCAGCUAGGCAACAGCAACAGAUUGAAAACCAGCAGCAGAUGCUGGUUGCCAAGGAGCAGCGUUUACAUUUUCUAAAGCAACAGGAGCGCCGCCAGCAGCAAUCUGUCUCAGAAAAUGAAAAGCUUCAGAAAUUGAAAGAACGAGUAGAAGCCCAGGAAAACAAGCUGAAGAAAAUCCGUGCCAUGCGAGGACAAGUUGACUACAGCAAAAUUAUGAACGGCAAUCUGUCUGCUGAAAUAGAAAGGUUCAGUGCCAUGUUCCAGGAAAAGAAGCAGGAGGUACAGACUGCGAUUUUAAGAGUUGAUCAGCUUAGUCAACAAUUGGAAGAUUUAAAGAAAGGAAAACUGAACGGGUUCCAGUCUUAUAAUGGCAAAUUGACAGGACCAGCAGCAGUGGAAUUAAAAAGACUCUACCAAGAGCUACAGAUUCGUAACCAGCUUAACCAGGAACAGAAUUCCAAGCUCCAGCAGCAGAAGGAGCUAUUAAAUAAGCGCAACAUGGAGGUGGCCAUGAUGGAUAAGCGAAUCAAUGAGCUACGUGAGCGCCUUUAUGGCAAGAAAGUUCAGGCAUGUCUGAACCGUGUGAAUGGUACUUCGUCACCUCAAUCGCCCCUGAGUACAUCUGGUAGGGUUGCUGCUGUGGGUCCUUAUAUCCAGGUUCCUAGUGCUGGGGGCUACCCUAUCCCGGGGGAUCCUAUAAAGCCCCAGUCGCUCACCAUUGCCUCAAGUGCUGCUCAUGGAAGAUCUAAGUCUGCUAAUGAUGGAAACUGGCCAACAUUAAAGCAGAAUUCUGGCUCUUCAGUGAAGUCAGCACAGAUGGCCAGUGCAGACUGGAAGGACUCCAGCAUGGAGGGGCCCCUAAAGCAGGGUGCAAUUUCAAGCCAGCCUUUGCCCUUGUCAGCACUGGGAGCCACAGAGAAGCUGGGCAUCGAGAUUGGUAAAGGGCCACCACCCAUCCCUGGUGUAGGCAAGCCACUGCCUCCAAGCUAUGGGACAUACCCAAGUUCUGCACCUCUGGGCCCAGGAUCAACAAACUCCCUGGAGAGGAGGAAAGAAGGCAGCCUGCCCAGAUCCAGUGCAGGCCCAUCAGGUCGUCAGAAACCUGCUCCACUGCCACCAGCAGGCAGCACCCCUCAGCCUGGCACAUCACAGCAGAUUCAGCAGAGGAUUUCUGUGCCACCAAGUCCUACAUACCCCCCAGUGGGGCCAUUUCCGGCUGGAGAUGGAAAACCUGAGCUUCCACUGACGGUGGCCAUUAGGCCCUUUCUGGCUGAUAAAGGGUCAAGGCCACAGUCUCCCAGGAAAGGACCCCAGACAGUAAAUUCAAGUUCCAUAUAUUCCAUGUACCUCCAACAAGCCACACCACCUAAGAAUUAUCAGCCUGCAGUUCAUGGCGCCUUAAACAAGUCAGUUAAAGCAGUGUACGGCAAACCUGUGCUACCAUCGGGGUCAGCAUCUCCAUCACCCUUACCUUUUCUUCAUGGGUCACUGGGCACAGGCACAGGCACGGCACAGCCACAGCCACCUUCAGAGUGUGCUGAGAAAGAGCCAGAACAAGAGGGCCCUGCUGCACCUGGAGAAAGCAGCACAGUGGAGAGCCUGCCACGGCCACUCAGCCCCACCAAGCUUACUCCCAUUGUGCACUCACCGCUUCGUUAUCAGAGUGAUGCAGACCUGGAGGCCCUCCGCAGGAAGCUGGCAAAUGCACCCCGGCCUCUGAAGAAGCGCAGCUCCAUCACCGAGCCAGAGGGCCCUGGUGGGCCCAACAUCCAAAAGUUGCUGUACCAGCGAUUUAACACCCUGGCUGGUGGCAUGGAAGGCACCCCCUUCUACCAGCCCAGCCCUUCACAGGACUUUGUGGGCACUUUAGCUGAUGUAGACAAUGGAAAUACCAAUGCCAAUGGCAACCUGGAUGAGUCUAGUCCUGCCCAGCCCACAGCUCCACUUCCUGAUGAGCCUGCCCCAUCUUCAGAUGCCAAUGAUAAUGAGUUACCUUCCCCUGAGCCAGAGAAGCUCAUCUGUCCCCAAAUCACCCACCAAACUGCUGAGCCUGCAGAGGACAACAAUAACAACGUGGCUGUGGUCCCCUCCACAGAGCAGAUUCCAAGUCCUGUGGCUGAGGCCCCAUCUCCAGGGGAGGAGCAGAUUCCUCUUCCAGCACUUCUACCUCCUGUCAUCCACCCUCCAGCAGCUUCUGUGGUGGGGAGCAAACGGACCAACCUAAAGAAGCCUAACUCAGAGCGUACAGGGCAUGGGCUGAGAGUACGCUUCAACCCCCUGGCACUGCUUCUAGAUGCUUCUCUGGAAGGAGAGUUUGAUCUGGUGCAGAGGAUCAUAUAUGAGGUGGAAGACCCCAGUAAGCCUAAUGACGAAGGAAUCACCCCUUUGCACAAUGCCGUCUGUGCCGGCCAUCAUCACAUUGUAAAGUUCCUGCUGGACUUUGGUGUCAACGUGAAUGCUGCUGACAGUGAUGGAUGGACACCGCUGCACUGUGCCGCCUCUUGCAACAGUGUUCACCUCUGUAAGCAGCUGGUAGAAAGUGGAGCUGCCAUCUUUGCCUCCACCAUCAGCGACAUUGAGACUGCUGCAGACAAAUGUGAAGAGAUGGAAGAGGGAUACAUCCAGUGCUCCCAGUUUCUGUAUGGGGUGCAGGAGAAACUGGGAGUGAUGAACAAAGGAACUGUGUACGCCUUGUGGGACUAUGAGGCCCAAAACAGUGAUGAGCUGUCCUUCCACGAAGGGGAUGCCAUCACCAUCCUGAAGCGCAAAGAUGAAAAUGAGACUGAGUGGUGGUGGGCUCGCCUUGGGGACCGGGAGGGCUAUGUGCCCAAAAACCUGCUGGGGUUGUACCCCCGGAUCAAGCCCAGGCAGCGAACACUCGCCUGAGCUUCUUCUGGAGCACUAGCUGGAGGUGAUUCUGCUGCCUCAGAAAAGCUAUGACAGUCUCAUGGUGCUUACUUAGCAGACAGCAUCCACAAUGUGAAUCCAACACUUCCCAGGUGAGGCCCUUCUCCAGUCUGUGGUAACUGGGAGAGGUACUUUUGCCUCCAGAGGACUACGUUUUUGCCAAUUACUGUAAAUUGUGUUCAGAACAUCCACCCUUAUUGCCAGUAAGAAGCCCUGUAAUUAUGAUGACCUCCGAAGGCUGCCAAUGAAGACAAAACUCUGAAUGACUUGGCCCCAAGGCCACCUCUCAUACUACAUGUCUUUCACCUUCAGCAAAAGCAAGCUGCUACCAGAUGGCUCCUGCUACAGCCCUGCCCUCCUCUGACAUUCCCCACUUGGUCCUUCACUACCAGAGGAGCCCGUUUGGAAACUGUCCAAUGUGUGUCCCUGCAGGAGCCCCUAUGGGGGCAGUUUAGGGUGUUCUCCUUCCUGCUGGACUUUGGUGCCUCAGCACAUAGGGUCCUCUGAUUCCUUUGGCCUCUGGCUAUAGUAUGGCUCUUAUCCCCCUUGUGGCUUGAGUUUAUUUCUACUCCGAGUACAGGUAGACACUGAAGCCUGAACAAGAAGUCAAUGUUAGGGUGGGCUAUGCUGGGCGGAGCAGGGUCCAGUUCAGUAGAGCCACCCUGGCAGACUGGAAUGCAGUCACCUUGGCCCCAGUUCCAAGUGAAGAACUCUUUGCCCAGGAGCUCGAACUGUGUAGACAGGCUUUUGAUACACCAAGAUUAUUUUUGGAGUAGAUCAUCCAAAACUACCAGAAUUGUGUUGGAAAUGUUUUUUUCCUCAUUAAAACACAGGCCCUUAGGCUUUAUUUUUCAUGAGUCUUGUGCAUACUGUGUAUAAAUCCAUGUAUAGACUCAUGGGCACAGUGCUGUAAUCAGCUAUCUUUGAGCAUUGAGUGUACGAUGGCACUGAGAAGUGAUGCCCUGUGGAGCAGCCUCAUCCAUCCCAACACUACUGAUGCCCUGUAAUGUGCACAAUAAACUGCUGUCUCACA